AUGCAUUUUGCUCACAGUAUCACCUUGGCGAUAAUUGCCACGACAGUGGCGGCAGCUCCUGCUGUCGAGUACACCCACCCACCAAGCGAUGUCCUCGACAAGCGUUCCAUUGAGUACACCCACCCGCCUAGCGAUAUCCUCGACAAGCGUUCCAUCGAGUACACGCACCCACCAAGCGAUCUCCUCGACAGGCGUGCUAUCGAGUAUACCCAUCCACCAAGCGACGUUCUGGAUAAGCGUGCUGUCGAGUACACCCAUCCGCCUAGCGAUGUUCUGGAUAAGCGUGUUAUCGAGUACACCCAUCCGCCUAGCGACGUUCUGGAUAAGCGUGCUGUCGAGUACACCCAUCCGCCUAGCGACGUUCUCGACAAGCGCUCUAUCGAGUAUACACACCCCCCGAGCGAGGUUCUGGAUUAG